ACAAUUUUUAUCGAAACCUUGACUUAAUAUUUGAUAUACAGUUUAUUGUUUAGAAACUGAGUAAUCUGUUUCCCAAUGGUAAUCUACAAUGAAAUACGUCUUUGCAAUUUUCGGUAGCAUCUUCAGUGCAAUAUACUUAAGUAGCCUACUCUACAGUACCAUGGACGACAAUAAAGAAGAAACCAGCAUCAAAGAGGAAGAUAACAAAAUGUCUCUCCUUGAAGUGGAGGAGGAAGAGAACAAAAUGUCUUACGUAGAAAUGGAGGAGGAAGAUAACAAAAUGUCUUUUGUAGAAGUGGAGGAGAAAGAUAAGAAAUUGUCUCUCGAAGAAGUGGAUGAGGAAAAUAAGAAAUUGUCUCUCGAAGAAGUGAAGGAGGAAAACAAGAAAUUGUCUCUCAAAGAAGCAGAGACCUCCGUGAUAGUGGAAAAAGUUGGAGACACUGGAUUUCACUUCACAGAGUCAGGAGAAUUUCUUGAUGAGCAUGAUUCAAAGUUUCAGUUUGCUGUAUCAGAUGACCAUUCUGAUAAUCAAUCCAGGUAUGAACAAAUUGGAGAUGCUGUUACUGAAUACAUCUACACAGUCAUGGAAGAAAAAUAUGGACUGCGACGGAUACACAUUCCAAUUGGGAUAGAAGAAGCAGACCCAUCAUCAUUUGUCUUUGUGUCAAAUGAGUUCCAAAGCUCUGCAAAUAAGAAGCUUGUCCUUAUAAAUGGCAGUGGAGCUGUCAAAGCUGGUCAGUGGGCAAGAAGUAUCAUUAUGAAUGAUAAUCUCUAUCCCGGUUCAAUGCUACCAUACAUUCAGUGGGCUGCAGACAAUGAAUUUGAUGUCCUGGCUUUAAAUACCAAUGAAUGUGGUUAUGAAAUGAAUGGAUCUCGUACACCAUUCGAACAUGCUCAAACUGUUUGGGAUGACAUGAUAAGUGGAGUUCUAGAAAAGAGUGUCUUUAUUGUGACACACAGUUUUGGUGGGGUUGUUGUGCAGAAGCUAAUAAAGAAUAAUUCCAAUUUUAAAGAUAUCGUUUCAAAGAUCGCAUUCACUGAUAGUGUACACAUGGGAAAGAUACCGUGUGAUUCUAUCCCAUGCAUUAAUUGGGUAUCAUCCUCAAAACCUGUUGAUAAACAUUUGGGAGACGGGUUUGGUUGUGAGAUGAGAUCAGCAGGCUCUACAAAACACCCCUGGACAUCACAUUAUGCUAUGGAUUAUAUUUUCAGUUGGUUCAUGGAGAAUGAAACUGAUGAAGCUAAGGAUGAAAAUAAAUUGUGACUUUAUUGAAUUACCAUGAUGUUCAGAAGAUAACUCUAGCAGUA